CUGUUCAAUUGUUCAGUAUGAUAUGGUCUGUCAUUUACACAAUAUCAGUCAAAUGUAAACAAAACCGGAAAACUAUAAUACAAUUUUACCACUUUAUGAAUUUAUAAGUGAAACAAUUUUUCUUCAUUUGCUGGUAUUAACACAGACGAACGCAAGAAAUCAUUGCCAAUCAAAAUGAAUCCUAUGACUAAUAUGAAAAAUGUGUUAAAACUAAGCGAUCUGGAUCUGAAAAAGGGUGGCGGAAGUUCCUGGCACGAUCAGUACAAAAAUAGCGCUUGGAUAUUUGUCGGUGGAUUACUCUAUGACCUUACCGAAGGUGAUAUACUUUCCGUGUUUUCCCAGUAUGGAGAGAUCGUGAACGUAAACCUGGUGCGGGACAAGGCGACCGGCAAGUCCAAAGGGUUUGCAUUUAUCUGUUAUGAAGACCAGCGAUCCACCGUGCUGGCGGUGGAUAAUCUGAACGGUAUUAAGCUCGUUGGCAAAACGAUACGAGUCGACCAUGUGGAGAACUAUCGACCGCCCAAGGAAACGGACAACACGGAUACAGAAACGCGGCAGCUGUACAUGGAGGGAUGCGCACCGGAAGUAGCGACAAAACGGCAGAAUCCAACGCAACGACACUCGCCAAAACCGGAACGCAGUGCUGGUAGGUCGCGACAGACAGAUGAUAGGGUUAAGCGUGAACGAAGCGAACCAUCCAUUAAGAGGGAGAAAGAGAAACGAUAAACAAAUAGUUAGGUAGUUAUUUACACAUAAACAAAGACGGUGCAAGAGUUAGUUUGUGAUGUGAUCCAUGACUUAAUGGAAAAGGUGUCCCGUUCGUCGGGUCUUUCACUGUUGGUAAAUUUGAACAAGGAAUAUACUACAACGAUCAACAAACUCUUGUGACACAUUGCAGCAUUAGAGGUGCAUGCAAAUGAUGCUAAUUUCUCAUUAGCAUGUAUUAGGUAUUAGGUAUUAGCUAGUAGGUACCAUGUAUUAGUUCAACCAGAUUCUGCUAUGUUAACAGUUGAAUAAAUAAAUAGGUACUCCUACAAACCUUAAGAACAGUUUGGCCGACUGGGCGACCCGCAAACCGGGCGUUCAUUCAGCUCGCAGCUCCUCAGGGGGGAAAUAUGUAAUUUUCCAAAAUAGUGUCCUUAAAAUAUGUGACUUUUCAAAGCCAAGUAUGUGAAAAGUUAACAAAAAAACGAUCAUUCGGGAAAUAGCAAACAUUGCAAAAAACUACGCCCACCUACGGCCACCAAAUGAAUAAUUAUCUUCAUUCUUUGUAUAUCAUUGCAUGCAGAACCGCAAAUCCUGCUUUGUUUUUGCUUUUCUCUUACUUCAAACAAACAUUAGCUGCAGUGCUAAAUUAAAUAUUUAAUUGUAACUCUCCCGAAAGAACUCUACUGUUGAGUAUUUAAGGAAUAAAAAGAAAUUCAUUUACCUUCCGUAUGUUUUCUCCUUGAUCGUAUCACUUUCAUUUUGUCCAAAUUCUAGUACUUCUCCACGUGUUGGUAAUUCAUAAUAAAUAAGCGGACAUACGCUCGAUCGGGCUGUACAAAAGGACCACAUAUCUUUCCAUGUUUCGUUUCAACAUUAAAUUAUAUUUUCAACAUCUA